AUGACUAGCCAGUCGCAGGGAAUUCAGCAGCUUCUGCAGGCAGAGAAACGUGCCAAGGACAAGCUUGAGGAGGCCAAAAAAAGAAAGGGGAAGCGACUGAGGCAAGCCAAGGAGGAAGCCACUGCAGAGAUUGACCACUACAGGCUCCAGAGGGAAAAGGAUUUCAGACACAAGCAGACACACGUGAUGGGCUCCCAAGGUGACCUGUCAGUUAAAGUAGAUGAUGAAACCUCCAAAAAGAUCCAGGAACUCACUAGGAACUAUCAUCACAACAAGGAGAGUGUUAUUGGACACCUCUUGGACAAGGUGUAUAACAUCAAUCCUCAAAUCCAUUCCAACUAUGCAUAUACAAUUUAA